AUGAGAACACUUUCCGAAAUUUGGACAAAAUUUAUGGAAAAUGAGGAAAUUAUGACGUAUAUUGAUAGUGAAGAGGGUGAAGAAAAUGAUGGAGCAAUUUCAGUUGAUAUGGUCAAUCAAUCACCAAGAAAG